AUGGACGAAAAUAAUAUGAUGCAAAAUUUUAUGGCAGCCAUGGGUGUUAUGUCGACUAUGAUGAGCCAAUACAACCCUGCACAACCAACUGGAAGCUAUCCAUCUUCCAACACUCGCCAAGCUGAUCCUGGCCCUACGCCUAACCUCGGCCCUGGCUAUGGCUACGGAGCAGGAGCGAUGGCCCAACAUGCUCCCGCUCCACCUCCACCGCCACCAGAAAAAGAAGAUAUCCCACUCCCGCCUUCUUAUAAUUAUCCUCGUUUUCUUGAGCCGGAGAUGGAGAAGAGCAGAAAGAUCAUUGAAGCUGAAUCUUCUGGUUGGUCGAGAAAGACUGAUGAAGAUUUGCAAAAGGAAAAAGAACUUUCGGAGCACCAGAAAAGUCUUAUUGCGGCGGCGGAGAAAGCGGCGAAAAUAAAUAAAAAGCUCACUGGAUACGAGCAAAAGCCAAUCUACGACAAAUCAAACGUUCCAGACCCGGCUCGGCUAGCUCAAGACCGUCCUCUAACUAAUCUCGCCCUGACCUACAUCCCUACAGAGCGAGAUGAAACUACUGGAAUCACAAACGUUCCCUUCGUCGCGCAAAAAGGGCCCCCUUGGUUCAAAUCACUUUCAAUUCAUUUGAAAAAAUGCCCAAAUUGA